AUGAUUUGGUACUUCCUGUACCCACUCCGAGGAACAACGGAAGCUCCGAUCCUAGCACCCACUCACCCUGUCCGCCGUGCUCUGUAUCGAUAUGGAUCGUAUGCUGCCAGCCAUGUUGUCGCGACUCUCCUUGUCUCGGUAGUCGUGGCUACCAUACUAAUAUAUCCUAUCCCCUACCUCUUCACAAGUGACUACGUCAAUGGCGCUUCUAAUCUGCCUCACCAUGCUUGGACCGUCGCUCAGCCGCUGCCUUAUGGCGCAACCAUCCGCCCAGAUGUCAUGAUGCGCUCUAUCUGGGUCCAUGGUAGUUACAUGCAGGCGUUGAAGCAGGAUUUACUCGUCUCUGCUUUGGAGUUGCAAAAUGAGUUACUUGGAAGCACUGAGAACUUCAGUCCCAUCCGGGCCCGAAACGUUGCUCGUUCUUUACCUGAACCUGGUACCGAUCUUUCCACAACUCAGCGAGAUGCUUUUCAUGCUAUCAAUGGCUUGAAUAAUCAGUCCUGGUUCUUUCACUCGCCACUCCAGUACUGGGAUUGCACCAAGGAGAAUAUUUUGGCCGAUCCUGCUAUCCUGGCAACCGUCAACGACAAAAAGACGCAGUCUACUUCGGUCAAUGUCACCCUUAGACACUCCAUCGUUUUCAGUGGGAAAAGAUUCGAAGAACGGCGCCUUGUUGCCGCCGAUGCUCUCGUUAUCACAUUGAUCUACUUACGGGACUCGCCUGUGGGUAAACAAUGGGAGAGAAAAGCCGCGUUGCUCCCUGACGAGAUGUCCAGCAAAUGGGACAUCUACCCGCCUGAUGGUCGAUCUACUGCGAGCCAACUCUACGAAUUUCAGUUCCGUCCUAUAUCAAGCCAGGACACGGCCAUCCUGGCUGUCGCAUAUGGUUUGACAGCUAUCUAUUUCCUCUUGAGUUUGGCCAAAUUGCGAGCCUUCAAGUCCAAGCUUGGUCUCAUCAUCACUGUCAUAUCCCAGAUCGCUUUCUCCGUCAUGUCCAGCUUCACCGUCUGCGCCAUCUUCAGACUGGAUUUAUCACGGAUUCCUAGAGCAGCUUAUCCCUUAGUUGUCCUCUCCAUGAGUCUCGAGAACAUUUUCAGACUCAUCAAUGCCGUCAUAAUUGCUCCCGCCGAAGAUUCAACAAGCAAUCGCAUUGGCCAAGCUUUCGGAGAAACUGCACAUACAGCUAUUGCUAGCUCACUGCAAAAUGUCUUUCUUUUAUUGUUGCUCUCUCGCUGGGUUUCCCCCGGUGUUUCGGCUUUCUGUAUGUUUGUCGCCGUUGCGAUAGGCUUUGAUCUUUUUUACCUUUCAACCUUCUUUUUAUCCGUCCUCAGCGUUGACGUCCGGCGUACAGAGCUUAGUGAUGCGCUUGCAAAAGCUUCAAUACGUCGUUAUCGCGGAGAAUCCGAUUUCAAACCCCGAGGAGCAUGGGAGCGUGUUCUUCAAGGCAAAGCGACUUUGUCAACGCGAAUAGCAGGUACUAUUAUCAUGCUUGGCUUUAUACUCAUCGCCCAGUGGCACUUCUUUGAAGCCGCCGCAAUUUUCAACUUCUUCAAGCACUUAUAUCAGGGUCAUGGUGCAUUGGAGAAUACUCUCUCGCCACAAACCUCGUUGGACGCUAUUCACCAAGCGCGAAGCCCAAAAUCCUGGCUAAGACUACAAGAUCAUGAGACAGCCCAGGAGAUUAUUAGUAUCAUCAAGCCUACAGCCCAUAGCUACGUUGCGAGGGUCUAUGAGCCCGUUGUAUUCGUCAUGAAGGGCUCGGAUCGUAUGCCUCACUACAAGGAACCAUCUCUACUCCCGGCACUUUACGACUUUAUUAAUCACCAACUCACCCGAUUUGUCGUGAUUAUUCUAGUAGUCAUUGCCGGUCUUCGACUACUAACAAGCUUUCUUUUAUGGGAAGACGAAGCUGACGACGACGAUCGGCACUCGGACACUGAUCCAACAUUGGACGUCAAGUCAUUCCAUGGGGGUCAUUCCCUUGAUAUAGCGAUGCUGACAGCUGCACCUGAUGGCCGAAUUGUCUCAGUUGGCCUGGACCGUGCGAUUCGGGUCUGGGACGCCAAAUCAGCCAGUCUACACUACACGAUCGCCAAAGGCGAGGAAUCCGAGGAUGCCCCGUUUCCGGUUCUUGCUAUGGCCAUCGAUGACAGCUCCAAGUGGUUGGCCAUACUGUCUCCUUACAAAAUAGCCUUAUGGGAUCUCAAAGAGGAUACCUGGGGACCUUCGCUGUCUGUCAACCUUCAGGGCCAGAAAACAGAGGCCUUCUUCUUUGGAUCUUCCGACCCAAAACGCAACAUUCCUAGGCUAGUACUAGUACGUCGCAAUGGGACAUUAACCGAAUACAUACCGGACGCGGGCGAAGGGGCAGAUUUUGGUAUAUGUCGAAGCCCAUUGACCUGCGUGAGGCCCUUGAUAGGGAAGCGUAAGGAUUGCCUACAAUUGAAGCCUGGACGUGAUACUGAUCCUAUGACUGCAAUAGGAAGCAAGCAGGCAUCUCCAUUGGUUGCCAUCGUCACCGCAUCUAGACGAGGUUGUGUUCAUGCAGCAACCAAGGAAACGCUAUCUUGGAACUCUCGAGGUGUUGAACUGGAAGGAAUUGAGCAUGACGGAGUUCAUCAGGUGGUGCCACUCGCUUCAUUGGGCCUCUUCCUGAUCGCAGGGGUCACUCGAGUUCACCUUGUCAACAUGGAAGACUACAGUCUCGUACAUACAUUUACAACAGAACGGAUGGCUUCGCGUUCCAUGCAGAGCGCAUUCUUCAGUCGCUCGUCUUCACAACUAGGAGCUGAUGGGCUCGUCUGGUUCACCUUGUGUUAUACUAGCGCAGAGACAGGGGAUUGUGUCGUGCAGACGUUCGCCCCUCUUGAUGACCACGACAUGAUUUAUUACCGAAAUUCCGCGACACCGCCUACGAGCGGGUGGUGUGCCUGGGAAUCUGUCAAGGAGACAAAGAGGCAUAUACAGAACCCUGGUUCAUGGAGUGUUUUGUCUGACGGCGGUGUUGUGGGCAUACGACAAAAGUCGAAUAGGGCUCUCGACAUGCAGACUAACGGACGACGGAAAACAGAAGGUCUUCGGCACCGAUCUCCACGCAAAGAACCGGGACGAGACCUCUUCGGGCGCUGGGAGAUCUGGAGCGCUCCGCAGAGUGGCCUCUUGAGAACCGAUGAGACACGACCACUAUUCCAGGCCAACGAAAGGGCAGGGCAUUUAAUCGUGACAGAACUCGGCCCUGUGGUUCGAGUGGGCCAGCGAUCAAUUGCCUUCAGUUUUGGUAAUGUGGUGAAACUGGUUACUGUCGGUGGGCACGAACGUUUUGACAGCAGUGCGACUGACAACAGUUCCGAGCACUUGAACGUUGGAAGCAGACGUCGAAAGCCAGGGGCAUUAGUGCGACCCAGGGCUUGGAGUUAA